GCGGAUUGUCAAUUCCAGUCAUACGAUCUGUCAUCAUCGUUCGUACAAUGCGAAAAGGGAAGUUGAAAGAAGUGGGAGAGGGACAUCGCGGAGCCUUAUGAAAUCCACCGUUACAGUAGCUGUCUGGUUUAUCGACCCACUGUGAGGAGCCGCAGAUAUUAUCCUGGAGACACCGUUUACAUUAACUAGCUUCCUCUUUUUGCUGGGUAUUCUUGACACUUCAUCGCAGCACGUCAGCGUCCAGAGGGAGAGACCGGACAGUGUGACAUGGCAAGUAGAGGCGGAGCUACACGACCCAAUGGGCCGAACGCAGGCAACAAGAUCUGCCAGUUCAAACUUGUGCUUUUAGGAGAAUCGGCCGUGGGGAAGUCGAGUCUCGUACUUCGUUUCGUUAAGGGACAGUUUCACGAAUUCCAAGAGAGCACAAUCGGAGCUGCCUUUCUGACUCAGACGGUAUGUUUGGACGACACAACAGUCAAGUUUGAAAUCUGGGACACAGCUGGUCAGGAGCGCUACCACAGUCUGGCUCCCAUGUACUACAGAGGUGCCCAGGCAGCCAUUGUGGUGUAUGAUAUCACAAAUGAGGAGUCAUUUGUACGGGCGAAGAACUGGGUUAAAGAGCUUCAGAGACAAGCCAGUCCAAAUAUUGUAAUAGCUCUGGCUGGGAACAAGGCUGAUCUCGCAAACAAGAGAGCACUGGACUUCCAGGAUGCACAGUCGUACGCAGAUGAUAACAGCUUGCUUUUUAUGGAAACAUCAGCGAAGACCUCUAUGAACGUGAACGAGAUAUUCAUGGCCAUUGCAAAGAAGCUACCCAAGAACGAGCCUCAAGCGACCGGCACCAGCAGCGGGCGGAACCGGGGAGUGGACCUGACAGAGACGGCUCAGCCCACCAGCCGCCCCUGCUGCAGUAACUAACCCAGCUCUUCCUGCUCAUCCACCCCUCCCUCCCCACCACACACACACACACACACACACACACACACACACACACACACACACACCCUCCACCCUUCUGCCCCCCCUCCUCCCUCUCAGCUGAACAACAUCUGGACAUCUGGCUCCUCGACUUCCUGACGUCCGACCUGAGCGUCAACCUCACUCCCCUGGAAUAGCUAAAAGACUCUGUAUAGCUGCAUUUCUAAUACCUUUUAUUUUGUUGAUGUUCUUUUUUUUUUUUUUUUUUCUUUUUACUUUUUUUAAGAAGUGUAUAUCAGUAUAAUGGAUGCAUGUAUCACUACAACGCCUAAAAAACACACACACAUUUUUAUCUUUUAUUCAGUUGGAAGACUAACACCCCCAUUUUAGAAAAAGAUGAGCGAGUGAGAGACCUGUGAACGUGUGAAUGUGUCGUGUUUGAUUUGCUGAUGAGAAGGUGUAGCUUCAUUUGUCACUUCGCAGGGUUGACGUGCGACACGUACGAUGUUGCCUGUAAUACUCUUUUGUGUGCAGGGUUAUGUUAUGCUCACAAUCAGAGGAGAAACCAAAUUUGUUUCCAUCGAAGGACCGUCGCGCACAGCAAGAAUCCCUCCCUCCUCACAUCUGUCACACAAGAAGACGUCACCAUCCGAGGCUCCUGAAGGAAAGUGCAGAGAAUGAAUUUGGUACCGUCCGGUUUUUGGAAAAAGUUGGUAAAGAAAGAAGAGUAAUAGUCGAUACGCAUCUGGCUUCCCAUCACGUAAAGCAAUAUGGGCUUAAGUAACACGUUUUGGAAGUGCGAGAAGAUCCGGAGCCGACACCUUCAGGUCGACAUGACGGGAUUUUAAAUUCGGCUUUGCUAUUUAACAGAUGCUUUCAUGUCCAUCGCAGAAGUCUCAUGUUCAAUUUUCGACAUGUCUAACGGCUUCACGAGGAAAAGAAAAUCACCUGGAAACCUGAAAACUGUGGAACAUCCCGCUCUGUGAGUCGUCCUGCGAAGACUCGGACAUACGACUCGUUCUGUGUUAGAUUUCUUGUCUCUGUUGAUCCGCUUCUGUUUCUGUUUCAGGCCAGUAAAUCAACCGGCAUCAAUUUUUUGGGGGGGAAACUCAAAUCAGACGGGGGAUUGUUUUUAGACUAGAGUUCGGACGGCACACAUGCAGAAAAAUUGGACUACUACUCAUUGUCACGAGUCUGUGGAAAAAAAAUAUAUAUACUCUAAUGUUGUUAUAGGGUGCAAUGUUGCAAUGUUGUCUUCUUCCUCCUUUAGUACAGCUUGCAGAGCUCACGAGCUCACCAGGAAAUUAUCUAGAGACUCCGAACAAUUGUACAGUUCAAUAUAGGUCUGCUUUUUCUUUUCUUCUUCUAUUUUUUUUUUUUUCUCCAAGUUUCAUCCUCGACCUCGUCACACACAGGUCAAAUGUUACGCAGUGGUGGUCUUUUUAGGUAUAUGUAGUGUUAUUAACAAAAAUCCCUCUCUGGUGUCUUGUUACUUUUCUUCAGAAAUGGUCCAUGGUCAUGUUUGAAAGGAACUUUUAUUGCAUUGCACAGUGUUGAUCAUGUUUUAAUUAAUGACUGCCCUUCGAUUUUAUAUGACGGACUGUAUUGGACUUGCUAACCUACAGCUAUAAGCAGGUAGCAUAAUUAACCUUACUGGUGGUCUCUCUUACAGCUCAAUGAAUUUUAAUGAUGUAAAACAGCAUUACUAGUGAUGGGCUGAUAAGUUUUGAGUGUCUGAAUACAACUUAAUAAAUUCAAUAAAGAGGUCUCUUGUA